AUGGAACGGUUUCGGGAUACAUUGGUGGAUUACCAACUAGGAGACUUGGGCUAUCACGAGUCCAAGUAUACUUGGAGUAAUAAGAGAGACUCUGGGGAGUUUGUGAAAGAGCGGCUGGACCGAGCUGUUGCAAUGCCAUGUUGGUGCACCUAUUUCUCGAAUGUUCAAGUGGAAGUUCUCCCGGUUAGCAACUCAUACCAUCAAACUAUAUGGCUCAAGUUGGAUACUGAAUUCUGCAUGCCCCACAGGAUGUUUAGGUAUGAAGCAAAAUGGAACCUUGAUGACGAAUGCAUUUUGGUUGUCCAAAACCGAUGGAAUGAGGGGGAGACGAGCAGAGGACCCAUGGAGUUAGUUGUGCAGGGGCUUGAGUGGUGCAAGAUUGAUCUAAAAGCUUGGAGUCGGGCUAAAUUUGGCAGUAUCUCUAGUACUAUCAAAUUCCUCUCUAGAAGGUUAGAAAGCUUGCAACCGAAGGAGCAUCCUGGAAACCUAGAUUCUAUAAAGCAGGUCCAAGGGGAACUCAAUAAACUCCUUGAAAUGGAGGAUACGAAAUGGCACCAGAGAGCAAUGUCUAAUUGGCUUCAAGCGGGGGACCGUAACACGCAGUAUUUCCAUGCAUGGGCAAACCAACGGCGGAGGUUUAAUUUCAUUGGUUCCAUUAGAGAUUUGGAAGGGCAUUUAUGGCAAAAAUCUAAAGAGAUAUGA